AUGGUAUCAACCGAAAAUUGGAGUAUUUCAUGUGUGCCGGACCAUGAGGAAUUCGAACCAACACCAGACGAACUGGAUAAGAUGUAUCAUAGACUCAAUAAAGGUGAAACACUCAACCUAGAUUGGCAAUGUCCCGGAAGGCGGCCACCAACUCCAGUACAAGUUGCUGAUACCGAUGUUAAGAAGAACGCCAACGCAGUACAAGCCAGUAAAAAUUUGGAAUUUGAUUUCAUGGAUGACGUACCUCCACCGACAAUGCGUGUACAACGAACCAUCACAACGCCCAAAUUAUCGGUUAAAAAGAAACCAGCUAGCUUUGCCAACGUUCUAGAUGCAAUGAAAAAGAACAAACGAACGAUUAAUUCGACAAAAGAAUAG